CUGAGAGACAUGCAGGUUGCUCCUGUAUCACUGCAUCGGUGGAUGACAUUCAUUUUGAACACACCAUAGGGGUAGGAAAGGUUGUUAAUAUCAUCGCAAAGGUCAACAGAGCCUUUACGUCCAGUAUGGAGGUGGGCAUUUUAGUGACUUGCGAGGACCUUUACACUGACAGGCAGUGGAAGGUUUGCCACGCCUUUGCAACCUUUGUUGCCAGAAGGACAGAAGCUGGGAAGGUACAGCUGAAGCAGGUGAUUGCUCACACACAAAUGGAGCAGAUGGAGUACAGCCUGGCAGCAGAGCGGAGGAGGAUGAGGCUCAUCCACGCUGAGAUUAUCACAGACCUACUGAGCAGCAGCACAGCUCAGCUGGGAGAAUGCCAGGAGUAUCAGGACGCUGAUGGAAAAAGACGCUUUCAAGAAGCUAUUGCCAGAAAGAAGAUUCGCCUUGAUAGGAAAUAUAUCAUCUCCUGCAAGCAGACUGAAGUGCCCUUGUCUGUUCCCUGGGAUCCAAGUAACCAGAUGUACCUGAGCUACAACAAUGUCUCAGCGCUGAAAUUAAUGGACAACAGGAACAACUGGGUGUUGGCUUCGGAGAAAAAUAAGGUCACAAAUGUUUGCAUAUCUGUUCAGGGUAUAGCUCAUUGGAUUUUCCAGCAUUUUGCACAGUUAUAGUGAGGUGCUCAAAAUAUGGGUCAUAGUGUUUUAUGUAGAUUCUUUAAUAUUGCAGAAUAGGUCAAGAAAACUAUGUUAGCAU